AUGGCGUUGACGUGGAGGUCCUUUGACUUCUUCGACGCCAGCCAGGUUAAACUCGCCGACGAUGACACGCGCUCAUUCUUUGAGAGCAACGAGAUCUCGUCCGUCUGCUCCGGUUCCGACAGCCUCUUUCUCGGCAGUUACGAUGGCCAGGUGCGCAUCGUCGGGCCGAGCUGGAAGGUGGUGCGCAGCUUCGUUGCCUACGACAGCGGCGCCCCCAUCACCCAUAUGAAGCAGGUUGAGGGCACCAGUUUGCUAGUGACUGUCGCGGAAGAGCCAAGCGCGGGCGGGGACUCGCCCAACCAGCCUUUGCUCAAGGUGUGGGCGCUCGAUAAGCCCGUCAAGAAGACGGGGAUUCCGACCUGCUUGAGCUCCGUGUCAAUCAACAAUGGGAAGAAGCCCUUUCCGAUCUCGGCCUUUGCCGCCACCGAGGACCUGACGCAGCUUGCGGUGGGCUUCGCUAACGGCGCCGUCACUGUCAUCCGCGGCGACUUGGUCCAUGACCUCGGGACGAAGCAGCGCAUCAUCUACGAGUCAGACGAGCCGAUCACGGGUGUGGAGCUCCACGUCGAUGCGAGCUUGACGACUUUGUUUAUUGCGACUACCUCACGCAUACUGAAACUGGUUAUCUCUGGGAAGGGCCAUGGCCAGCCACCAAAGACGGUUGAGGACACUGGUUGUGGUGUGGGUUGUAUGGCCGUGGACAAGAGGACGGGGAACAUCGUUGUCGGAAGGGAGGAUGCUGUCUACUACUACACGCUUGAUGGAAGGGAGGCUCCGACUGCCUACGAGGCCCCGAAGAAACUAGUUGCAGUAUACCAGGACUAUAUCGCGCUCGUGUCUCCUCCCACGCCGGCAGGAGAGACGGACACGAUGCGGCGCCGGUUCUGGGGCGCCACGGCGGACAGCAUCUACACGUUCACCCUGAUACAGCCUGAUCUAAGGAUAAUUGCCCACAGCGAAACGGUCCUGUCUGAUGUCAAAUCAAUCUUUCACGUUUGGGGUGACCUAUACAUCCUCACUCAGGAGGGCAAGGUGUUUCGCUAUCACGAGAAAACGCUUCAACAGCAGCUGGAGAUGCUCUACGAGCGGAACCUCUAUAAUCUGGCUGUCGAACUUGCCCAGAAAUCCGGGAUGGAUGCACAGCAACAAAACAUCAUAUUCCGAAAAUACGGCGACUACCUUUACCAGAAAGGGAACUACGAUGAAGCCAUGGCCCAAUACAUCAAAGCCAUUGACUGCACAGAGCCUUCGCAGGUAAUCAGGAAGUUCUUGGAGACACAGAGGAUACACAAUCUCAUCGAGUACUUGGAAGAGCUCCAUGAGCACCACAAAGCAACGUCUGACCACACUACUCUACUCCUGAACUGCUAUGCAAAGCUCAAGGACAUCGAUAAGUUGGAGAAGUUUAUCAAGUCGCCUGGUGACCUCAAAUUCGACCUGGACACUGCCAUUUCCAUGUGCCGGCAGGGCGGUUAUUACGAACAAGCGGCAUACCUCGCCAAGAAGCACGGGGAGAAUGACCUGGUGGUAGAUAUCUUGAUCGAGGAUUCCAAGGCUUACGACGAAGCUCUAGAUUUUAUCUGGCACUUGGAUCCAGAUACAGCGUACCCCUGUCUCAUGAAGUACGCUCGAGUUCUCAUCGAACACUGUCCCAAAGAUGCGACCCAGGUCUUCAUUGACUACUAUACUGGACGGUAUAUCCCCAGAACAGAUCCCCCACCUUCUGAGGGCAACGCGCCGGCUGCGACCAAUGGAGGGUUCGUUGUCGGCGCUGCGAAUGCAGUCCAAAAUCUCAGCAACUUAUUGCCCUUACCCUACAUGAAUGCUGCAGCAACAAAUGCGCAACAAGCCAACACCAAACCAACCGUUGCGGACCUUGAUAUCAAGCAAAAUGGGGAAGCUCCAAAGUACACACCGCCGCGCCCUCGAACAGCAUUCUCCUCGUUUAUCGACCACCCAGACGAAUUCAUCGUCUUCUUAGAAGCAUGUAUAAAGGACGAUAACCUCUCUGAGGCUGACAAGACAGACAUCUCCACCACCCUGUUUGAGAUGUACCUCCAUAAGGCCAAUGAAAAGAAAGGCGACCACCACCGCGAAGAAUGGGAGCGCAAGGCCAAAGCGCUCAUCGACAGCAAGAACCAGGCUACAAACAAGCCACCCAUCGAGAAGUCUGAUGUUCUCCUGCUCUCCCACUUGUCCGACUUCCGCGACGGCACUACUCUCGUCAAGGAACAGUCCGGCCUGCUCUUUGACAUAUUCCGCUCCUACACGUCAGCAAAAGACACGCGUGGUGCCAUCAAGGCUCUCCACAAAUACGGGCCCGAGGAGCCCCAGCUCUAUCCGGCCGCGCUGUCGUACCUUACCUCUGACGCGCGGGUUCUGGAAGACGCUGGGCCGGAUGAGCUGGCCUCGGUGCUUGAGCGCAUCGACCGGGACGGGCUGAUGGCGCCGUUGCAGGUCGUGCAGACGCUAAGCAAGAACUCAGUCGCCAACAUGGGCAUGAUCAAGCCCUACCUCGCCAAGCGCAUCGAGCGAGAGCGGCAAGACAUUGCCGAGAACCGGCGGCUGGCGACGCAGUUCCGCAGCGAGACGGAGGCGCGCAGAAAGGAGAUUGCCGACCUGGGCACCAAGCCCGCCGUGUUCCAGGCCACGCGCUGCGCGCAGUGCACGCAGCAGCUGGAGCUGCCCACGGUGCACUUUUUGUGCAAGCACUCGUUCCACCAGCGGUGUCUGCGCGGCGGCUUGGCGACGGGCCAGGAGGCCGAGUGCCCGCUCUGCGCGAGGGAUAACGCCACCAUUCGGGCGCUCAAGAAGAGCCAGGAGGAGAAUGCCGAGCGGCAUGAGUUGUUCAAGGCUGAUUUGGAGAGGAGCGAGGACCGGUUCAGGACAGUUGCUGAGUGGUUUGGCCGAGGGGUCAUGAGUGCGCCUCAUGUGGAGUAA